AUGGCUCUGAAAAAUCAUACCAGGGUGUCUGAAUUUACUUUUUGUGGACUUACUCAGUCUCAAGAGCUAAGCUUGCUCUUAUUUUUCUUCUUAUCUCUAGUUUAUGCAACGACUGUGUUAGCCAAUAUAGCCAUCAUGGUGGUCGUCACCUGUGAGUCCCGCCUUCACACCCCCAUGUACUUCCUGCUCCGCAAUCUCUCCGUCUUGGACAUCUGCUUCUCCUCCAUCACUACUCCGAAGGUCCUCAUAGACCUUCUGUCCAGGAGAAAGACAAUCUCCUUCGAUGGCUGCAUCACACAGAUAUUUUUCUUUCAUUUCCUCGGUGGGGCAGACAUCUUCUCUCUCUCGGUGAUGGCCUUUGACCGCUACAUGGCCAUCUCCAAGCCCUUGCACUAUGUGACCAUCAUGAGUAGGGGGCGGUGCACUGCCCUCAUUGUAGCCUCCUGGGUGGGGGGCUUUGCCCAUUCCAUCGUGCAAAUUGCCCUGUUACUCCCCCUCCCCUUCUGCGGACCCAAUGUUGUGGAUGGUUUCUACUGCGAUGUCCCCCAGGUCCUGAAACUUGCCUGUACUGACACCUUCGUUAUUGAACUCCUGAUGAUUUCCAACAAUGGUCUCAUCACAACCUUGUGGUUUGUCCUUCUUCUUGCAUCCUACACGGUGAUAUUGAUGAUGCUGAGGUCUCACAGUGGGGAGGGCAGAAAGAAAGCCCUCUCCACCUGCACCUCCCACAUCACUGUGGUCACCCUGCACUUCGUGCCCUGCAUCUAUGUCUAUGCCCGGCCUUUCACUGCCCUUCCCAUGGACAGAGCUGUCUCGGUCACUUUUACUAUCAUCAUUCCUGUUCUGAACCCUCUGAUCUACACCCUGAGGAACCAGGAGAUGAAGUCAUCCAUGAAAAAACUGAAGAAAAGACUCACGCUUUCUGAAAGGGAGUAG